AUGAGGCAGCGCGGCUUUAGCCGGGCAGAUUUUGAUGCUUACUCGACCGUCAGCAUCGCUGGUAUCCAAAGUCGACGGCUUGACAUGCUCCACGGAACCUACCGAACAGUUUUCAAAGUCGAAGGCUCCGAGGGUGGCGCCUGUGCAGGAUUCUUUUGGUAUCAUGACGACCGAUCAGAAGUUGACAUAGAAGUUAUCACGAAGGGUACUUCGGUGGUGAAUAACACGGUCAGCUUCACUUCCCACCCGUCUCGCGCACCAAACGGCUCUCCCAUCCCAGGCGCGACGCUCUCGAAGUCUUUGAGCGAUCCGAAAUUAAACCCUGACGCUUUUCGCGAAUAUCGAUUCGACAGCCAUCCGGAACUCGGAGUCGCGUACUACGUCGAUGGCAAGCUCAUCCAUACCAACACUGAUAACGUCCCAGACGAGGGCGGCAAUCUACAACUCAAACUGUGGGCAGACGGGAACAAGUGGUGGAGCGGAACACCCAGCACCACGGACGUAUUUAUGAUCGUGGAGAGUAUUGUGGCAUACUAUAACACCUCGACUCUGGAACCUGCUUGGUUGGACAGCUGCACAGCUGCUGGAGGUCCAAGCAAAAGGACGAUUUGCACUAUCUAA